CUCUUCUUCGUGGGAUUCUUCUUCUAGACUUCUUCGUCUUCCUCUCGAGCUCAAUGAAAGCCUCAACGCUUGGGGAAAAACCCUAUGUAGCAUAAGAUCCAUCGUCAUUUCGAAAGGCGGUUGCUUUCUCUAUAAGUUCCUGUCUCUUCCUCAAGGUACAUGUGCUCAGUAGUGGGAGGAAAAUAAGACCAAUAUGGCUCAUCUAGUUUCAACAUCAUGCUCUUUGAAGAUCUCUGCCACUAAUAAAGCGUUCCCUCAAAGAUCAAAUCAGGGUCCAACUGCAUUUCCUUCUUCUUGGGCUUUACAAAGUUCAAAAAGUCCAUACGAGAGUCUUAUUUCUCGACAAGAGAAGCAUCAAAGAAAGUUUAUUGUUCAAGCGACAGCAGUGCCUCUGAACCAACAGGCACCUACUCAAGCUGGUGCUAGCUCUUAUCAGCACUCUAAUGGUUCAUCCAAGAUGCAGCGAGUCAUGAUUAUUGGUGGAGAUGGUUACUGUGGCUGGGCCACAGCACUUCAUUUAUCCAACAAAGGAUAUCAAGUUGCCAUUGUGGAUAGCCUUGUUCGUCGUCUGUUUGACCACCAACUUGGUCUUGAUUCCCUGACUCCUAUUGCCUCAAUCCACAACCGUCUUCGACGCUGGAAAUCAAUCACUGGGAAAGCUAUUGAGCUUUACAUCGGUGACAUAUGUGACUUUGAGUUCUUAUCAGAGACCUUCAAGUCAUUCGAGCCUGAUGCUGUUGUCCAUUUCGGAGAGCAGAGAUCUGCUCCUUACUCCAUGAUAGAUCGGUCAAGAGCUGUUUUUACGCAGCACAACAAUGUCAUUGGAACUCUUAAUGUGCUCUUUGCUAUUAAGGAGUUUAGAGAGGAGUGUCAUCUGGUGAAGUUGGGCACCAUGGGAGAAUAUGGAACUCCGAAUAUUGAUAUCGAGGAGGGUUACAUAACUAUCACUCAUAAUGGACGAACGGAUACUUUGCCCUAUCCAAAACAAGCUAGCUCCUUUUACCAUCUAAGUAAGGUCCAUGAUUCGCACAAUAUAGCCUUCACUUGCAAGGCUUGGGGGAUAAGAGCAACAGAUUUAAAUCAAGGAGUGGUUUAUGGGGUGAGGACAGACGAGACUGAGUUGCAUGACGAGCUCAAUAACAGAUUUGAUUAUGAUGGAGUAUUCGGAACUGCAUUGAAUCGGUUCUGUGUUCAAGCUGCAGUCGGUCAUCCACUUACCGUGUAUGGCAAAGGGGGCCAGACCAGGGGAUACCUUGAUAUAAGAGAUACAGUUCAAUGCGUUGAGCUUGCUAUUGCAAAUCCAGCAAAUUCCGGUGAGUUCCGCGUCUUUAAUCAAUUCACUGAGCAAUUUUCUGUCAAUCAACUUGCCGCCCUCGUUACAAAAGCUGGAGCCAAGGUUGGGCUUGACGUGCAAACCGUCAAUGUCCCAAAUCCAAGAGUAGAAGCAGAAGAACAUUAUUACAAUGCCAAGCACACUAAGCUGAUUGACUUGGGACUUGAGCCGCACCUUCUUUCGGACUCCCUCUUGGAUUCACUGCUUAACUUUGCGAUAAAGUACGAGGACCGGGUUGACAAGAAACAGAUUAUGCCCAGCAUAUCUUGGAAAAAGAUUGGAGUCAAACCAAAAACUGUUGCGGCCUAAUUUUCAAUAGAGGUGAUUUAGGGGGCAGACAUGAAACAUCAAUCAUAGAUUUCUUCUUCCUUUCCUUUUGCCUUCACAGCUGUUUUCUUUUUUUCUUUAUAAGCAGUGUUGUAUCUUUCUCUCUUAAUGCGGUCCUUAUCGACUGUGGUGCAGUUCUCGCUGCCCAAGUCAUAGUCGCUUAUGUAGAAUUAUGAAUUGGAAAUGAUUGUAUGCCAGUAGUAUAAUGGGUGGACAUAUAGAAGAACAGCCUUUUCUCUUGUGCUUAGCGCACUUCUGGCGGGAGAGUUCAUCAA